AUGCCCGAUGAUGCACAAAAUGCUCUCCUCUUGGAGGGUACAGCCCCCAUGAUUGAGUGUCUGUGCCGGUUGAGAAAGGCUGGCUAUGUUGUCGGUGCCAGCAUUGCUGGUUUUGGAGAUGACCGCGGCUUGGUAGACGAAUUCCAGUAUCGUCUAGAAGAGAUGGAUGCGUUGGAGCAGGAAACAAACUGCAUGCCUGUGAACGUCACAGGCAUGGCUUGGGGAUCGACGAGCAAGCCUUACACAAGCACCUCCUUACAAAACGCCAUUAUGACCACCAUCGGUGUCGUGAGCUCCGGCAAUUGGCAUAUUGAGGCAAAAAGGACCCUCAACUCGAUUGUCAGGCUUAGCGAGGCUUUCCAUGACAAGGCGGCCAAGCUUGACAAGAUGAAGAAAGCGAACCCCAAAGCGAAGCUCAUCCAAGAGAAGCAAGCGUCGAGGAAGGCUGGACGAGAGCUACGCCUGGCACGGACUAGCUUCACCGAUCAGAUAGAGGCUCAGGCCAAGGCCAGCUGUCGCCCUUUCUGCGAAGCCGUCCAUGAACGGCUGCCGCAGGAACUACGCGACAUCAUUGCUCGGCAUCUUUUGACCGAAACCUCCGUCACUUUCCUGUCCAGCAAAGAUGGCAAGAUUUCUAUUGUCAACGGCCUCUCGACUCUACGACACGCUUUCGAAGAGGAGUACACCGGUAUCGGACUGCACAUGGACAUCAUAAGUGAGCUGCUCAAGCAAGACGCCCGUUUUGACUUUCGCGCUCGACACGAGCUACUGGGCAAGGUCUUUAAGCACUACGCAGCUGACGAGCGCGGUGGCCUCGAUCUUGCUUGCAAAAUGAGAAGGUUGAGUCUGGUAGUGACGGAGCAUCAUUUGGAAGACCGUGAGAUCGUUCUCGCUCGCCUAGAGGAACUGUGCAGACUCAGCAAAGGCGCCAAGAUCUUCAUAAUCAUCGAGACGGGUCACGGUACAAAGGCUCAAACUGUCCGCCAAGUGCGACGCGUUCUGCGUGCUUUCUUCGAGCUGCUCCAACGCCUUCACAAUCUCAGCCUCCACAUACAUAUCGUCGUUGAUCCGGCUUAUUUCGCUUCGCGUGUCAAGAACGAUAGCGAUGAUACCUUCUCGGUUGUGCAUGAAGGUCCCUGGAGGUACGUCAUGACGCCGAAAAAUGCUACAUUCACGGUCAAGGGCUUCGAGGAGCGGCUAAAACAUCUCUUUGGAACAUAUGGGGAGCACUGGAGUUCGCGAAUUCCUCUUCAGGUUGGAUGA